GGGGAGCGGCGGGGCCGCGGCUGGCUGCAGCGGCGGGCGCGGAGCCCAGAGCGGGCGCGGCGGAGCAUCUUCGGGCACCGCGGCCCCGCUGCGGGGCGCCUCCUCCACAGCCCCCCGGCUUCCUAUGGGCGGUGCCGGCGCCCCGGCCCCCGCACGCCCGUCCCGCUCGGCGUUAGCAUGGGCACGGUGCUUUCCCUCUCCCCCGCCGCCUCCUCGGGCAAGGGCGGCGGCGGCGGCGGCGGGGGGCUGCUGGCCGAUAAGGCGCCGGGAAGGGUUCCGGGCAAGGGCGAGAGCCGGCUGAAGCGCCCCAGCGUGCUCAUCUCGGCGCUCACCUGGAAGCGGCUGGUGGCCGCCUCGGCCAAGAAGAAGAAGAGCACCAAGAAGGUGACGCCGAACCCCGGCGACGGGGCCCCGGGGGGGCCCCCGGACCAGCCCGACCCGCUGGUGGUGCAGCGCAACCGCGAGAACUUGCGCAAGUCGGUGGUGGUGCCGGCCGACGGGGCCAAGCAGGGCCCGCUGGCCGUGCCGGUGCCCACCGUGCCCUCGGCGCCGCAGGAGCUGCACCCGGGCUCCGGGGGGGGCAAGCCGCCGCCGCCGCCCGGCAGCCGCGGCCCGGGGUCCCCGCGCCGCGUGGUGGUGCAGGCGUCCACCGGCGAGCUGCUGCGCUGCUUGGGGGACUUCGUGUGCCGCCGCUGCUACCGGCUGAAGGAGCUGAGCCCCGGCGAGCUCAUCUCCUGGUUCCGCGGCGUGGACCGCUCGCUGCUGCUGCAGGGCUGGCAGGACCAGGGCUUCAUCACUCCGGCCAACCUGGUGUUCGUCUACCUGCUGUGCCGGGAAGCGCUGCGGGGAGAAGAUAUCGGGAGCCAGGCCGAGCUGCAGGCUGCCUUCCUCACCUGCCUCUAUCUCGCCUACUCCUACAUGGGCAACGAGAUCUCCUACCCGCUCAAGCCCUUCCUGGUGGAGGGCGACAAGGGGCGCUUCUGGGAGCGCUGCCUGGGCAUCAUCCAGCGCCUCAGCGCCAAGAUGCUGAGAAUCAACGCGGACCCGCACUACUUCACGCAACUCUUCCAGGACCUCAAGAGCGAGGGCGAGGGCGGAGACGGGUCCAAGCACUGGACGAUCAGCCUGGACCGUUAGGGAGGUACCGGGCCCCCGGCGCCGGGGGCGGAAGGGGCCGCGCACCGAGGGGCGGGGGAGGCGAAGGACUGCCGGAUCCCCCCCCCCCCCCCUCUCAAUCCCCCGCAUCCUCCUCGCCUCCCCCCUCCCCGGCCGCCAGCUCCACGGAGACGCUGCUUGGACCCUCCCUGCUCCGGAUCCGGCCGGUUUCCCCCGCCCCCCCUUCCGACCCCCCCCCCCAGCCGGGGGCUGCGUUCCGGGACACCGAGACGGCGGAGAAGACCUGGGAGGGGGGUUGGCGGGGUGGGGGGGCUGUCCCUGCCGCCUGCACGAUGGGGAAGGGGAGAGGCUGCCGAGUAGCGGAGGCUCCUGGAUGCGUUUUCCUUAGAGAAAAAAAAAAAAAAAAAAAAAAGGAGGGGAGGCGGGGGGGAAAUGGAGCUGGGUGUCCGGGGCAGGAAGUGGGGGGGGGGGUGUCUCCUGGGUGCUGCGGGGGUCCCGGACAGACGGUGCAUGUGAAGGAGCCCCCCCCGCCCCGGGCAGGGCUGGCCCCCCCCGCCCCCGCCGCCGGCCUGGAGCUGUCCGUGGUGCUGGAGCCGCCGCGGCUGAGCAGACAAAGGCGGGGGGGGGGGGGGGGGGGGCCCUGCGGGCUUCCAUGUCGUGGGCGCUGCCUUUCCCCCUUCCUCCCCCACCCCGCGUGUGGGAUAGAGGCCCCCCCCCCCCCCCCUACACACACACACCCCCCCAGGGCGCAUGGGCGAAGCUGCCCCUCACCCCGCGGGAGCCGCCCGCUUGCCCCUUUGUUUGAGCCGCUGGCGGGGGGUGGGGGGGGGGGCCGCCCACCCUUCCCGCAGGUAAACACACCCCCCCCCCGGUACGCCCUCCGAAACAGGGUCCCGGUGGGGUGAUGCCCCGCCUUGGCUUGCUGUGGGGAAAGGGGUCUGUGCCGGAGGCGGCCUAGGGUGCCUGUUGUGGGGAGGGGGGGGGGGGGUGUCCCCCUCUCCUCUUGCUUUGCUUCACUGGAGAAUAAAGAGGCGGCCUGGAUGGGC